GAGCACAUAGCAAAGGUAAGUGCUCAGUUUAUCUUACAUCUCUUUGUAUGCCCCAAUACACCUCUAUCUCUCUCUGCGACCUCUAUCCUACCUUGUGACUGGACCACUUCUCUAUAUAUACCUUUUAUUAGAAACAACUCAGAAUUACCAUCACCUUUGCCUUUCUUUACCUUCUUCAGUGACCCAAGGCCUGCUUUCCCACUACUAAGGGCUCCUUGGGCCACUGUUUAUUUAUCUGAACAUUUAUCAUUGCCUUCAAGAUUAUCUAUGAUAACACUUAUUCCUAUAAUGCCUAGUGUACUAUGA